UUAUAUCAAACAAUUUGAUUGGAUAAAUUUUUGACCAAUCAAAUGUAGCUAAUAUAACUGUCGGAUUAAUCGAUAGUAUAGCUGUUUAGACAUGAGAUAUAACCACGUGUUCAUAACCUAUAAUAUUUUGGAAAUGAUAUAAAAAAUAAUAAUUGUCUGAAAACAAAAUAGUAAAAAUACUAUCUUCAUUUCAUGCGUAUAAACUUGUAUAUAAUAUAUAAAAGAAUAUACUAUUUUCUAUAAAUACAAAAUUCAUUUGUAUAUUUUCUGAAGAAAUGUGUCAAGAGCCGUGGAAGCAGAAAUUAAAGGAGCGAAUGGAAAGAACGCUUCAUGUUCGUUAUACAUAUAAAAUAAAAAACAUAGAAGAAGUAGUAGAUUUGUUUACCGGUGAUUUUACUGUCAAAUUACCACGACAACCUAGUAAAAAUUUCCAUGUAGAGUUUUCUACCGUUGAAGAAGCACUACAAAAUAAAAGAGCUCUUAAAGGUAAAAUUGUAUAUGGAAAACCUAUUGUAAUUCGAAGAGCUUAUUUAAAUACGUUAAGUGGCAAACAAUUUAGAAGGAAAGGAAAAAAGGUUAAAAUACCUGAUGUGGAACCAGAUGUAAAGUUUACACAAUCAAUAUUUAUUGGGAAUCUUAAAUGUUUCACAAAGGCUGAUGAAAUAAAAGACAUUUUACCAGGAUGUGUAUCUGUUACUCUUUUGAAACCAUAUACAAAUACUUUAAGGAGUGCAAUAGUUAGAAUGGAAAGUAUGGAACUUGCAGCAGAAUACUUAUUGAAAAAACGUGAAUGGCCAUGUUUACAUGGAAAUAGAUUAAUACUGAAGUGUGAUACUCGAACGAAACAUAAGAAUAAAUCACAUGCUAAAGUUGAUAAUGCUGGAACCAAAGGUAGUGUAAAAAAUAAAACUUCUACAGUGGAGAUAGAGAACAAUUUUUCAUCAUAUUAAAAAGUACCAAAUAGUAUUGAUACUUAGAUGAACUGUGUAUAAUAUUUUUGGUGUAUGUUAGCAUUCUUAUAAAAAUAUCAUUAAAAAUAGUCGUAAAUGAUAUUAAUAUUGUUUCAUAUAUUUCAAUUAUGAAGAAAUAAUUUACAAAAUUAUGUUUGUAUUUUUUUAUAAGAUCAGUUAUAAUAUUUGUUCAUAGUACUAUUUGAGUUUGACCUCUUAUUUAUUUUUAAUUUAAACAAAAAGUAGAUACAAAAGAAAUACAAUAUUUCGACAAGUGAAAUGAAACUACAUCCCAAAAAUAAGCUAAAAACACCACCUAGGGAAGCUGCAAAUGAAUUAGUUUGAGAUUAAUUAUUUUAUGAUUGAGUAACGAAUUAACUUUAAUAUAGAAUACGUACAAAUAAGAUUAAUCCAUGAAAGUACCAAUUCUCUUCGUUGCAAUAUCGCCGAAUGUCUGGCAAACGUAACAUGAAGUAUAGUUGCAUUUGAAAUUCGUGCAGCAGCUUCACUGUUAAUUUAAGAAAAAUUUACAAUUUCAAAGAUGUUUAAAAACUAAUAAUGAAUAUUAAUAGCUAUCGGAUGAUCAUUAUUUUUACAUAUUUACUUACUAAAAUUUUCCUGGAGAGUAUUGGAUAGCAGACAUAGGCAAUGUAGUAACUGCGACUUUGUACGAUGUACUUUCGCAAUCAGGAAGGCAGUCACAUUCUGGAUCUUGCAACGUCAAGGUAUAUGUUUGUAACGUGAUACGUGCGAGACAAGAAAUAUGCGUCAAAUUACAAAUUCCUACGCCAGUUUUCAUGACCGAUGCUGAAAAAGAUAUGCAACCGCAAAGUUUGCGUAUUAUAGUUUCACGGCAACGAAUAUAACAAUUAUCUGCGCGAUAGCGAUAUUUUUUUUGGAAUGGCCAAGUCAUGUAACAUCCUCUAACAGUGGUCGGUAAACUUAAAAUUUCAGAGCUGCUAAUCAAAGCAGUAGGAUACAGUUUAGCUAUUGUUUCUUGGCCAGAACCAGCGAUAAAUUCAAAAGCGGUGGGUCCUGGGUAUGUAUAUUUUUCGUGUAUUAAUACUUUUAUUCCGUCUCCGUAUAUUAUAGAUGACAUACGAUCAUGCGAAGGUAAAGGUCUCAUGAGAAAAGACACAAUAUAACGAGAUCCAAAAUUAACGCUAUAGUUGGAUAUAGAUUCUUCCUUCGACCUGUACAAAUUAAAUGGAUCUUAGAGGAUUCUAAGGUAGUUGAUUUAGGCGAGUUACGAUCAUAAUUAUUAAUCCAGGAGUAUCUUCAUUAUCAUGCUUCUCCUAUUUAUAAGAAUCAUCUAUCUAUUCAUAUUCUAUGAGUAGCGAUAACGUGACGUAGCAUAUAAGAAAGAGCAAACUUCACAUUUCAAAGAAAAAGAAGAAAAAACUUUCUCAAGGUGGAUAAGUGAGUUUGUUGAUCGAUCGCAAAAGUCUUACGGUCAAGGUAAAUAUUUCGUAACUCUUCUUUUACAUUUACUCUCAGUAAUACUAUUCGAUCGUGAAGCGAACGUUUUUCUCAUUAAAUAUAAUUCUACGAUUAAUAUGUUACCUUCUUAAAUUGUCGUGUGGAUUUUCGUAAUUGAAGGCGCAACAUACUCCGUAACGUGUGAUUACACGGUUUAACAUCUUAUCGCACGGUAUAAUUUUUCCAUUCAGUCGACACAUUAUCACAAAAUCUGUGCAGUUGGGGCUAAUAUUCUCGAAUAAUUCAGGUAAUGAUAAUCGAUUUGCCGUAAGGAUUUGUUGUAAUUUAUCUAAUUCUUCUGGAUAAUGAUUCUUCGGAUAAAUUGCUUCGCGUAAGUAUUUUACAGUAUGUUCAAAAUCUUUUCGCGUUAAACCUCGUGGAAUAUAUCUGAGAACAUGAAUGUAAAGUUAGAAUAUUAAAUAGUCUUAUUUUUAACCGAGAAUAGAAAGUAUAGAAUUAUACAUUCGCUCUUGCGAUGUCAAAUAAGAAAGCACUUUCUGUAUUGCGGCAAUAUUUCCAUGGCAAAGAGUAACGGCUGGUAAUGGGAUUAUUUUAGUUGGAAAUUGAGAGCUGAUUAUCAGAGUACUCCUGUUUGCUAAUUGAUGACGAUUGUAGAACAACAUUGCUAACUUUGCGGCAAUCAAGAAAGAGAAUGUUAUGAUAAUGACCCAUAAUAUCCUACAAUAAUGAUUGUAUGAAUUAGACAAUAUAAAUAAAAAAAGAAAAAAAGAAAAAAUAAGAA